AUGGCGCGAUCUGCGGCGGUUAUCCUCACAGGCGACGACUUUUCCCGCGCGUUCCUACCUGCCGCGAAGGCUCGCAAUAUUCAAGCAGAGGGCCUCCAGAAACAUGUACUGACUACACUACAUGAUGCCGACGUGCUGACCCAAAGCGAAAUCUCAGAGCAUUUCAUAGAAGCUAUGAACGAGCGCAUCCUCGUUCCUGGUGUGAAGAUGUCUACAUAUCUGCCGUCACAGACUGGACAGAACAAAUCGACGACCCAGGCAGGACUCUUCCGUAGCGAGCAAAUCUCGGCAAGCAAGCUACCUUCCUGGACUGCUCAAAUUGUUCCAGUCGUUUUCGCUCGUCACGUCGUUGGUGGUGACCCGUUCAGUCAUGAAACUUGUAAUGAUGUGUACGAAGAGAUUGAUGCGGCGGCGGAGCGCCGCACAAUACUCAACCAACUCACCGCAACUGCCGAAUUACUCUUCACUGCCCAGCAUCGUGUAUUCCUGUUCUUUCUUCUCGUCAUCGGCAGGAAUAUCCGUCUGCUGCGCUGGGAUCGCGCUGGGAUCAUUGCUACAACAUCCGUCGACUACCUUGAAGACCCCCAAACCCUACACGACUACCUGUGGCGUAUUUCCCUCCUGCAUGACGCUGCGCUUGGAUUUGAUUCCAGCGCCACUCGUCUUCUCCCCGGAGACGUCGACUCUCGGCUUAUGGAUUUCGUUUCGCUCAUGGAUCCCAAUGACGCCGAUCACACGGAACGCGCUCUUGACGGGAACGAUAUGAACCGCCUCUCGGUCUUCCAAUACGUCCGCACGAUGUUCCGCACAUCUCUCGGCUCAGAUUGGCCUCGAUACAAGAUCCACAUUAGAAGCAACGGGAAAGUGCGCAACUUUCUCGUAGGGCAACCAGUCUUGCGUGCAAGUGAAGUGUUUGGGUGCGGAACUCGCGGCUAUGUGGCGUUGGACUGCGAGACUCAUCAUUUCGUUUGGCUAAAGGACAUGUGGUGGGCGGCGCACAUCAUCACGGGACGAGAGGGAGAUAUCCUUCAGAAGCUCAAUCGCGCAGGAGUAGAGAACGUCCCAACCCUCGUGUGCCACGGGAAUGUUUAUGACCAAAUCAACAUCACUGGCCACUGGUGGGAGCGUGGGCAGUCACAAUCGUUUCCGAGCUUCCCGCCAUCGUCACCCACACUCAGUGGCUCCCCAUUUUCUGGCAGCAAGAAACGUAAGAGAGAACAGGACGAUGCGCAACAAUCGCAUCUACCGACAGAUGGUCCCUUACGGCAGCACCAACACUACCGGAUUGCGGUGGCAGAGGUCGCACUUCCCCUCAAAAAGUUCCGCAAUGGAAGGCAACUGGCCUCCAUCGUGCUAGACACCAUCAAAGCACACCAUCAAGCCGCCACCAACCCAAAGACCCUCCUCCUUCAUCGGGACGUGAGUGGCGGUACCAUCCUUAUCAUUCCGCAGGUGAAGCGCGACCAGAAUGGAGCGAAUCUCGCAGUGGUAUGGACCGGCCUUCUCAGCGACUGGGAAUAUUCCAAGCCAGUGGACGAUGAGAGGGCUCCUUCGCACGCUACGCAGACGGAUCAACUGGGAACGUAUCAAUUCAUGCCCGUGAAUCUGCUCUCGCGCCCCGCUCAAGCUGUCCGGAUCUCAGACGAACUCGAGUCGUUCUUCCACGUCCUCGUUUACUAUUCUCUCCGCCACCUUCGUUCCAACUGCGCGCACCCAAUUUCAUAUAUCGACAACUACUUUCACAACUACGCGGGCCCCGGGUUCCUGUACACAUGCGGCUGGAAGUCAUUGGUCAUGGAGGUCGACGAAUGGCUCAGUACCCGGUUUCCACAUCGUCCACUGCUUUUCCGUAGCCCCGUGGACGAGCUUCUUGACACGCUCCUGAAGUGUUUUCGGGCGCACUACAGGGUCCUGCAAGACGACCUGCGCAAAGCAGCUCCGCCAACCCCUCCACUGCCGCCGAUGGACCCCGACAAACCUGGCCAAGGGCUUGCGCCCAUUGCGAUACCCAAAAUUGUUUACUUUGGAGAAGAUGCAGAACACCCUCACCGUGAUAGUGAUGAGGACGACGAGGACGAGGACGAUAAUGACGAAACACCGACGCCAGAGGAUCGAGAAUGA